AUGCAUAAAUAUUUUAUAGAUUUAGCUCCAAAAUAUGUAGGAAGAAUAAAUCAAAAUAAAGCAGAGAAAAUAUUAAACGAAAGAAUUAGUUUAAACGCGAAAUGUGAUAUCAGAUAUGAUUUACUCGAAUCUCUCCUUAUAGCUUUUGGAAUUAAUUAUGAUUUCUCAAAAUUUAAUAAAAUUACUUCUCAUUCUGAUUCAGAAUGGUAUGAUGGACUAUGGGAAGAUUCAUUUGAUGAGAAUUUUAGGUCAUGCAACGGAUUUGUAACUUCUUUAGAUACUAUUUCAGAUGUAAUUCCUUUUAUAGCUCUUCCUCAUGGUCAGAUUCAAACUAGAAGUAUGACACAGAGAAUUACUUCUUCUUCUAAAGUUAUUGAUUCGGAUAAAGAAGUAAAAUCAUCUAAAACACAACGCAUCAAAGAAGUAAAAUCAAAUAAGUAA